AUGGAGCCCGCAGAGAGGAAGAGGCUCCCGUCCGCUUCCCUGGAAGGAGACCCCAGAGAAGAGACCAAAUUAAAACGAGGAAUUUCCCAAGACUCGACUUCUUCCCCCAAAUUAGACAGAUACAAAAUAGCAAGACAAUUAACAGAAAAGGCCAUCAAGGAAAAGAAGAUUUUCUCCAUCUACGGGCACUACCCGGUGAUACGGGCCACCCUUCGAAGAAAGGGCUGGGUGGAGAAGAAGUUCCACUUCUUGCCCAAGGUCAUCCCGAAUGCGGACGAUGGCAACGCAGGGGUGACUGAACAUAAACACACUGAAGGCAAAGAAAAUCAAGAAGCGGCUCUGGAGAAGACAGACGACAUCCAUGAUGUGAUGUCCAGGUUGGUAAAAAACGAAAUGCCAUACUUCCUCUGGACUAUCAAGAGGGACGUUGUCGACUAUCACAGCCUGAGCUGCGACCAGAUGCUGAACCACUACGGGAAGACGGCCUCUUUCACCACCAAGAUCGGGCUGUGUGUGAACAUGAGGAGCCUGCCGUGGUACGUCCAAGCCGACCCUGACUCCUUCUUCCCCCGCUGCUACAGCCUCUGCUCUGAGAGCGAGAAGCAGGAAUUCCUGGACGACUUCCGGCGCACGGUGGCCUCCAGCAUCCUCAAGUGGGUGGUCAGCCACCAGAGCCACAGCGGAGGCAAGCCCGGCGGCAGGGGGGAGGCCUGUGACCCCGGCCCCAGCAACCGGAAAGCUUCCCAGAGUGUGGACUCCAGGCUCACAGGCCUCUCGGGACAGCUCGUGGACACUGCGUGCAAGGUGUGCCAGGCCUACCUGGGGCAGCUAGAGCACCGGGACAUCGAUGUCCCCGAGGACGCCAGCAAGGGCCUCACGGAGGACGAGUGGAAGGACCUGACAGAGCAGUACUACUCCCUCAUUCAUGGUGACGCCUUCAUCUCCAGCUCGAGAAACCACUUCUCGCAGUGCCAGGCUCUGCUGAACAAAAUCAUGUCCGUGAACCCGCAGAUGGAGAUCGAUGGGCUUCGCAACAUCUGGAUCAUAAAGCCAGCGGCCAAGUCCCGGGGCCGAGACAUCGUGUGCAUGAACCGCGUGGAGGAGAUCCUGGAGCUGGUGGCGGCCGACCACCUCUCUGCCAAGGACAACAAGUGGGUGGUGCAGAAGUACAUUGAGACCCCGCUGCUCAUCUACGGCACCAAGUUCGACAUCAGGCAGUGGUUCCUGGUCACCGACUGGAACCCGCUGACCAUCUGGUUCUACAAGGAGAGCUACCUUCGCUUUUCCACACAGCGCUUCUCCCUGGAGAGCCUGGACAGUGCCAUCCACCUGUGCAACAACUCCAUCCAGAAGCACCUCAAGAACGACAAGGACCGCAGCCCCCUGCUGCCCUACCACAACAUGUGGACCAGCACCAGGUUCCGGGAGUACCUGCAGAAGCGGGGCCGCGGGGCUGUGUGGGUGGGCGUCAUCUACCCCGCCAUGAAGCGGGCCGUCACCAACACCAUGCGCGCGGCCCAGGACCGCGUGGAGCCGCGCAAGAACAGCUUUGAGCUGUAUGGGGCCGACUUCGUCCUGGGCCGCGACUUCCAGCCCUGGCUCAUCGAGAUCAACUCCAGCCCCACCAUGCACGCGUCCACGCCCGUCACGGCCCAGCUGUGCGCGCAGGUGCAGGAGGACACCAUCAAGGUGGUGCUGGACCGCAGGGCGGACCGCAGCUGCGACAUCGGCAACUUUGAGCUGCUAUGGAGACAGCCUACCGUGGAGCUGCCCCCCUUCCACGGGUCCGACCUCUGCGUGGAGGGCAUCAGCGUGAGGAGAGCCAGGAAGCAGAUGCCACCCAUCUCCAGCGUGAAUUUUCCGUCUUCCCUCUUGGACAUUCAGCCCCUGAAAGUGAGGUGCCCCUCGGCCAUGCCCAGCCCGCCUCUGGGAGCCCCCACCACAGCGCCGCAGCAAGACCUGAGGCUGAAAGAGGCGCAGGCCGGGCCCCGCACCUUUCCCGGGCCCCGCACGGUUCCCGCGCCCCUGUGGGGGGCCGCCGCCAGGAGCCGCAAAGCGCGGUCGGCCACCACCCCGUCGGUCGGGAAGCUCGAGUUCCCCACUUGUAACUUCCAGCACGUAGACAGCAGGUCCCCGAAAACUGGUCCGACCAACGCUGAGUCCGACAGACCCUCGGAUCCGAAGAUACCAAACGAGCCCUUGCUAUCGUCCGCGCUUCCCAGCGUGAAGACGGCGGAGGGCGCCCUGCUCCAGCCGCCCAAACCGCCAGGGCAGCUCAGGGAACCCCCAGCGCCCUGCCUGGUGUGUGGCUCUCUGCCGCCCGCCCGGCCCUGCAAGCGCUGCCGCUCCUUCCGCGCCUCGGUCCUGCAGGGCGCCUCCUUCGUGCCCCUGGGCGGCGGGGGCGGCGGGGCAGGGACCCCGUGA